AUGCAGCCAUGGCUUCGGAUGGGAGUGGAAUGCCGAGCUAUCGCGUCGGCGUUCAACAAUGAGUCCCAACGACCAGGGCUACCAACCGGCGCUUUUCUGUCACUUCGAAUUACACUUGAUGAGCGUUGCCUGAGAUUGCAGAUUGCUGGAGCCGGACUCGAAGUGGGACUCGAAGUCGGAGCCGAAGUCGGACUCGAGGUCGGAGCCGUAGUCGGAGCCGAAGUUGGAUUCAAAGUCAGAGUCGGAGUUGCAGGUGCAUCUGUAGCACUGCCGGUUGCGAUGUCUAUAUCCGGCCAGUUGACUUCAAGGACUGCCAGGCAGACUUGCUGCCCCCAUUCGUGUCUCCGUCUACGCUUUUGCUCAUUCACCGGCCGAAAUCACGGCACACCGACCACAAUCGGCCGUCCAACUCGGCACGCAAAAGACACACUCAACUCUGGCCAGCCUUUGUGUGGAUUGUCAUACAUGUGCAUGCGAGUGUGCAUGUUCGUGUGCAUUGCAUACGAGCAAAUGGGACGAAAAUUAAAAGCAUUCAGAGGUGAAAUGAAGCCGACUUCGAACUUGUGGAGCCAGGCUGGGCAGAUGAGUCGCAGCCCCCUGGUCGGCAUUAAAAUUGGGCUAAUCACCAACACAAUCAUCCUUCCCAACCGCCCCACCUUCAACCACGCCAUCAUCAUUGCCGAUAGCAGAAGUAGCGUUGCAUCACCCUGCCUCUACUGUUCAUUGUGA